AAUUGGAAUGAGGUCAGAUUUGGAGCUUCUCAUUGCACGCGGAGAUUAUUAUUGCAUCGGGUUCCAAGCCAAUGGGAAGGCCGGGGGAGGGGCUUGGCACGAGGAAGCGUUGGUUACAGCGGCUGAUUGGCCGCGGCCAAGACUGUGAAAGGAUAAAGAGGCGCGAGGCGGAAUUGGGGUCUGCUCUAAGCUGCAGCAAGAGAAACUGUGUGAGGGGAAGAGGCCUGUUUCGCUCCGGGGUCUCUAGUUCUUGCACGCUCUCGAAGAGUCUGCAUUAGAGGAACUCUGCCAUUACCAGCUCCCUUCUUGCAGAAGGGAGGGGGAGACAUACAUUUAUUCAUGCCAGUCUGUUGCACGAAGGCUUUUUGGCUUCCUACCUUGCAACAAAAUAAUUGCACAAACUCCUUAGUGCCGAUUCCGCCCACAGAGAGUCCUGGAACCAGAGCCUUUUUUGCUUUGCAUGGUAGGGAAGGGACUAAGUGAUAGAGACUAUGUCGCUUUCCUGAGCUCCUGAGAGCGCUCGUGAACUGGAACCAACUGCUUCAGGGGAAGGAAAAAAAAAAAAAAAAAGACUUGCCUGGGAGGCGGCGAGAAACUUGCACUGGAAGCUUCAGCAGCCAGCAUUCAAGAAACUCCUCUCCACUUUAGCACGGUCUCCAGACUCAGAGCCGAGAGACAGAGCAAACUGCGGCGCGGUGAGAAAGCGAGCGAGAGCGAGCAGCAGAGGGAGGGAGAGGAGACUCUCCAGCCUGGGAACUAUAACUGCUCUGCAAGAGGCAGAGCGCUCCUUGCCCGCACCCUUUGGAGACUUUUCUCCCUGCGCCCAGCACCGCCCCGGCGAGUAGUGGAGGGGCCCGCACGGCCGCCGCGCGCGUCCUCCCGCUCGGCGUGUGCUUGGCCCGGGAAGCCGGGAGGGCCCGGCGAUCGCGCCGCGGCGGCCGCCGCGAGGGUGUGAGCGCGCGUGGGCGCCCGCCGAGCCGGGGCCAUGGUGCAGCAAACCAACAACGCCGAGAACACGGAAGCGCUGCUGGCCGGCGAGAGCUCGGACUCGGGCGCCGGCCUGGAGCUGGGCAUCGCCUCCUCCCCCACGCCCGGCUCCACCGCGUCCACGGGCGGCAAGGCCGACGACCCGAGCUGGUGCAAGACGCCGAGCGGCCACAUCAAGCGGCCCAUGAACGCCUUCAUGGUGUGGUCGCAGAUCGAGCGGCGCAAGAUCAUGGAGCAGUCGCCCGACAUGCACAACGCCGAGAUCUCCAAGCGGCUGGGCAAACGCUGGAAGCUGCUCAAAGACAGCGACAAGAUCCCCUUCAUCCGGGAGGCGGAGCGGCUGCGCCUCAAGCACAUGGCUGACUACCCCGACUACAAGUACCGGCCCAGGAAGAAGGUGAAGUCCGGCAACGCCAGCUCCGGCGCCUCGGCCGCCGCCUCCUCCAAGCCGGGGGAGAAGGGCGACAAGGUCGGUGGCGGGGGCGGCCACGGGGGCGGCGGCGGGGGCGGGAGCGGCAACGCGGGGGGCGGCGGCGCGGGCGGCGGCGGCGCCAACUCCAAACCCGCGCAGAAAAAGAGCUGCGGCUCCAAAGUGGCGGGCGGCGCGGGCGGCGGGGUCAGCAAACCGCACGCCAAGCUCAUCCUGGCGGGCGGCGGCGGGAAGGCGGCGGCCGCGGGCGCCGCACCCUCCUUCGCGGCGGAGCAGGCCCUGCUGCCCCUGGGUGCCGCCGCCGACCACCACUCGCUGUACAAGGCGCGGACUCCCAGCGCGGCGGCGGCGGCGGCGGCGGGCUCGGUCUCCGCGGCCGCCUCCGCCUCUUCGGCCGGCCUCGCGGCCCCGGGCAAGCCCCUGGCCGACAAGAAGGUGAAGCGCGUCUACCUGUUCGGCGGCCUGGGCGCGUCCUCCUCGCCCGCGGGCGGCGUGGGCGCGGGCGCCGACCCCAGCGACCCCCUGGGCCUGUACGAGGAGGGCGGCGCGGGCUGCUCGCCCGACGGGCCGAGCCUGAGCGGCCGCAGCAGCGCCGCCUCGUCGCCCGCCGCCGGCCGCUCGCCCGCCGACCACCGCAGCUACGCCAGCCUGCGCGCCGCCUCGCCCGCGCCGUCCAGCGCGCCCUCGCACGCGUCCUCGUCGGCCUCGUCCCACUCGUCCUCGUCCUCGUCGUCGGGCUCCUCGUCCUCCGACGACGAGUUCGAAGACGACCUGCUCGACCUGAACCCCAGCUCAAACUUUGAGAGCAUGUCCCUGGGCAGCUUCAGCUCGUCGUCGGCGCUGGACCGGGACCUGGAUUUUAACUUGGAGCCCGGCUCCGGCUCGCACUUCGAGUUCCCGGACUACUGCACGCCCGAGGUGAGCGAGAUGAUCUCGGGAGACUGGCUCGAGUCCAGCAUCUCCAACCUGGUCUUCACCUACUGACGGGCGCGCGCGCGGGCUGGGAGAAGAGGGCCAGGGGGCAAGAGAGGGAAGAAGA